GGGUCCUCCUAAGCCGACUCGCGGAGCCCGAUCUGGUCGCCUCUAUAAAACCCUAAGCUUCAUCGUUACUCUGUCUCCUCCGACGGUAAUAGAGCGGAGCGGGGAUUUGUGCAUCGUUCUCAGCGUGCGUCGGCGGAGAGCAUGGGAAAAGCUUCCAAGGACAAAAGGGAUAUCUACUACCGUAAGGCAAAGGAGGAGGGAUGGCGCGCGCGGAGUGCUUUCAAGCUUCUUCAGAUCGACGAGGAGUUCAACAUCUUUGAAGGAGUAAAACGCGUAGUUGAUCUGUGUGCAGCUCCUGGCAGCUGGAGUCAGGUCUUGAGUCGAAGAUUGUAUCUUCCAGCAAAAUCGUCACCAGAUUGCAGGGACAGUGAUCUUCCACUUAUUGUUGCAAUUGAUUUACAGCCUAUGGCUCCUAUAGAUGGUGUUAUUCAAGUUCAGGGUGAUAUUACUAAUGCUCGAACUGCUGAAGUGGUAAUCAGACAUUUUGAUGGUUGCAAGGCAGACUUGGUUGUCUGUGAUGGUGCUCCGGAUGUUACUGGUCUUCAUGAUAUGGAUGAAUUUGUUCAGUCUCAACUUAUAUUGGCAGCACUAACAAUCGUUACUCAUGUACUUCGAGUUGGUGGAAAAUUCAUUGCAAAGAUAUUUCGGGGUAAAGAUACAAGUCUUCUCUAUUGCCAACUGAAAUUAUUUUUUUCUCAUGUUACCUUUGCAAAGCCAAAAAGUAGCCGUAACUCAAGUAUAGAGGCAUUUGCAGUUUGUGAGAACUAUUCACCUCCUGAAGGAUUCAGUGAGAAAGAUUUGUAUCAUCUUUUGGAAAAAAUUGGCAGUCCUUCUGGUGUUGAAGAUUUAGACUGCCGAAGUGGGUGGUUGGAGGGGCCAAACAAGGUUUAUAUUCCAUUUUUGGCGUGUGGUGACCUCAAUGGGUAUGAUUCUGAUCGAUCAUACCCGCUUCCACAUUCUUCAGAGGGUGGGUGUUACAAGAGUUUGGAUCCCGUACAGCCUCCCAUUGCUCCUCCGUAUAAAACUGCACUAGAACUCAAGAAAGCUGCCAAUCAUGGGAUUCUAGAAAUUGACAAGCUCUCUCUCAACUCCGAUGAGUAAACUCUAGCUUUAAUUUAGUAAUUGAGACAGAGGUUCAGAGGCUGUAAGAGCGUGUUCCGGUGGCAUUUCUUUUUUUUUUUUUUUGUCAGCUUCUGAUACAUUUUGUUGUAAGCUAACAAUUUUAAGCAGUCUAAGUAUCUGAUUCCGAUGGAAUUGAAAGAGUUGUUUUUAGGAUUC